ACGCGUGCAGUAGGGCGGCCGCAUCGCAGUUCAGCUAAAACCGUCAAUAACUUUCAGUUGCCAACUGAAGCCGCUGGCGUGCGCUAGUAGACGUUGUGUCGCGUUGUAAAUUACACAUUUCGAGGAAUCUGACUUAUCUCCGUAAUAUCCUGCACGUGCUUUUGGCUGUCAUUUAGCUUUUCGUCAAGCUGCAUUAUAUUCAUAUAAAUGCUGUGUUGGAGAACUCUGGAAUUAAAGGAUUACAUUAUCGUUCACGAAAAAUACAAGUAGCCUGAGCAACACAGUGUUCUUGACCUUGCGGUGGUGUUUGGCAACUAAAGACACUUAAGAGGCCUAUUAUAUAAGGCUAAAUCAGGGAAGAUUCUCACUGUCUGUGACGAAGAUAAACAUGUUGUGACAGUUUCCACAUCUGGAUCUUCUCGUGGGAUAUAAAGCACACAAGCGAAACGUACUUUGACGUAUGGUGUGUUCGUGGUAUAACACAUCCAUUGCCGCAGCCGUCCUCCUAUCGCAGGGGACACAAGAAUCGACUGAUCUCCAAAACUAUAUCAACUGUCCUCCAGAGAUUGUGUCAGCCUCAAGAAACGACAUCCACUGCCACGACUACAAUCACAAGGCUACAAAAACUGAAGAAACAUCCCAUCUGUUGUUUUUGUUUUCGUCGUCCCAUUUGUUUCAACGCUUCAACCGGUCAUUGAUGAGAAAUUUCGGUGUCGUACGUUCUGAUACACUUUGUGAGCAUCCGUAUAAUCACUACUGUCAUCUUCAUAAUAUUACCUCAAGAAGUUUCAGUUUAACUGUUGACUCUGAUACCGCGAGAGAGAGUUCGAACACUCUGAACCACCUGAACCGAUAUCAUCAUCAGUUCCCAUUAGAUCUUCAAGGUUGGCCACGAAGAUGGACUCAGACUGUAUUAUUUCCCCACAUUAGUGCUGUAAUUUAGAGACUGUAACAAAUUAUUUGAAUAAUGAGCAUAGUACAACAGAAUCAAUGAAGUGUAAACGAUUAAUUAUCUAUUGUCCAUUUCGCCACUUAGGAACAUCUUAAUUGUUUCGGUUAUUUUAAUUUUCUGUCGAAACUGAUCACCGCAGAAGAUAAUUCUCGUAAUACACCCUGAAUGCUUUUCAAUAUACAAACUAAUAUUUAAAUUCACAUUAACGGAUCAGACUGUGACCAAGAGACUGACCUAACAAAGCAGAGAAAUCUUUCGAAAAUAAAAAAGGGUCCGGAAUUUUUAAUUUCUAGAAAUGGAACCACUGCCACAUAGAAAGAGCGGAGGUAUGGCACCAAUCUUGGGCUGGAGUAAUGACUCGCCAAGUUUAAGUCCAGCGCUUACGCCAAAGACACCUGCCACCACAGACGAAGCACCAACCUCACCUCCAAACAAAUCAGUAACCAGCAGCGGUAUUGGUCAGGAUGUUCCUUCCAGAACCGUGAGUUUCAGCUCCAACGAUUUCUCCCCGACCUUAUCCAGCAUCGGUUGCGAACCGCCAGCCUUGUGCCCGUCGACGCCAUCGGCAGAACUUCGACGAAUUCCCAGACAACAAAACACCGGCUUUAAUCCUCCUCCACCUACCGAGAACGGAAACGUCCUUUCCGCCGACAAACCUCCCCUAAGAACUGUUAUAACGGAAAAUCCUAUCUACGAUGGCGCUGUUAUCAAAUUUCAAGACGAUAACGACGUUGAAAAUGAAGUAGAUUCCAUAUUCAGCAGCGACUCAAGUAGUGAAGAAGAAGAAGAAGAAGAAGGUGGUCGUAAUAAAGUACCUGAUGGCGGCUGGGGAUGGGUCGUUGUCUUAUCAUCGUUGGUAAUCAGUAUGGUCGCUGAUGGCAUUAGCUUUUCCUUCGGUUUGCUCUACAUCGAAUUUCUUGAGUAUUUCGGUGAAAGCAAGAGUAAAACUGCUUGGAUCGGAAGUCUUUUCAUGGCUGUGCCACUACUGUCAGGCCCUAUUGGCAGCGCGCUGGUUGACCGUUAUGGCUGCAGAACCAUGACAAUUAUAGGCGGGAUCAUUUCCGGAAUUGGCUUCACCAUGAGCGCCUUCGUUAACUCCAUCGAACUCUUGUACACUACAUUCGGGCUCAUAGCAGGAUUGGGUUUAGGGCUAUGUUACGUCACUGCGGUGGUGAGCAUCGCUUACUGGUUUGACAAGAAGAGGGCUCUAGCUACCGGGCUCGGGGCCUGCGGGACAGGUAUAGGUACCUUUGUGUAUGCACCGAUGACACAAUUCUUCAUCGAAGAAUAUGGCUGGCGAGGGACAGUUCUCCUACUGGCAGGGACCUUCUUCAACAUGUGCGUGUGUGGCGCAGUGAUGAGAGACCCUGAGUGGUGGAUUCAAGAACAGAAGAAGUCAGCUAGGCUAGCAGCUGGCAAUAAAUCUACCAGAGGAACGUCUUCGUGUGGAUCAAUCUCUGGAAGAAGUGGGGUUGACAGUGACUUCCCAGGAGUAGAUGAAAUCCGGAAGAUGCUCAAGAGUGGUCAGGCACCGGAGUAUCUGCUCACAGUACUUGCUGGUAACACCACUUUGCCAUCACAAGAUGAACCACAUGCUGGUGUUCAACGGGUUGCUUCGUCCAGAUCAGUCGUAAACCUUCCCACUUAUAUAAAUCAGAAAGAGAAGGUGCCGCUGGAAGUUCUGGAGUCACUGGGAUCGAACAAACGAGUUUACAACGUGAUCCUGGAGAAUUAUCCCAGUCUCUUGAUGUGCAGGAGUCUGAGUGACAAUGGGAAGCUUAAUACAAUUCCAGAAAGCUCCAUAUUGCCUGCUCGUGUACCGGUUGCAGCCAUCAAAGCAACCAAGCACGCUCCUGCCGAAGUAUCGCAUCAUCACUCAGAGGAUCAAGCAAGCACACCUCUUCUGGAGGGCCACGGUCAAGACGAACACAAAGCCAUCGCAAUCAUCACCAGAUCCCCAAAGUCAUCGGUAAAAAAGCACGACAAACAUGAAUCGGGACCGACAAUCAAGAAACAGAUCUUCGCUGCAACCCAGUCUCCGCAUUACCUCCAGAACAUUCGAGUACACAGAAACUCCGUGAUGUACCGAGGAGCCAUGCUGAAUAUCCACAAAUAUCGGCUCAGAGCUUCGUCCUGUCCUGAUAUUUACCGCAAUUCCAUGACAACCAUCGCAAAGGAGAAUGAAGAGAAAUGGUACGCUGACUUCCUGGAUCUGCUGAAGGAUAUGGUGGACUUCUCAAUGUUCUUGGAGUGGCACUUCCUACUUUUGUCUCUUGGUACAAUCCUGCUCUUCACUUGGUUUAUUAUUCCGUACUUCUACCUAGCGGAACUCAUGGUCCGCAACGGCUACACUGAACAGGAAGCCUCGACUAUGCUCAGUAUCAUUGGCUUCACCAACUUCUUAGGCAUGAUUUUUUUGGGUUGGGCCGGAGAUCAGGCGUGGAUGAACGUGACCAAGACUUAUGCAGUAAACUUAGUUCUAUGUGGAAUUACAACACUUGCGAUGCCAUUAUUUGUCCAGAACUACUGGUUGCUCGCUGUGACAGUGGCCCUGUUUGGUGCAUUCUUUGCAUCCAGUUUCUCGUUCACCCCCCCCAUAGUGGUGCAGCUGAUUCCUCUAGAGAGGUUCACGACGGCUUACGGUCUCGUUUUGCUGUGCCAAGGCAUUGGAAACCUGCUGGGACCACCUCUGGGAGGUCUGAUAUUUGACAUCACACUAUCAUGGGAUCUAUCAUUCUACGUGGCUGGAGUCUGGAUAGUUGUUGCUGGAGUGUUAAUAUGGCUCAUUCCAGUCACCAAGAAUCGUGUUCUCUGGGGAUCAGGAAGCCUGUACAUGGAUGUGGAAGAGGACAAGACUAGUAUUGCCUAAAUGAUAGCUGUCAGUGCCUUACAAGCCAGUCUGAUAUGCUGCGACUAUUACGAUUUGCAAUACCGUUCAACAAAUUACCACACUGUACGUUUAAACAUAAAUCUCCUAAGAAACUCUUGUUCCACAGCAGUUAAAAUGGUUAAUGUUAUAUUUUCUGUACAUUUAAUAUGUGUAUCAGAAAAUGAGCACAAUAAGAAAGUAAUAGUUAAACUGAUUAAGAAUGACUUCAGGGAACUAAGUCAUGAAGCCAAAAUCAUUUUGCUGAAAUUUCUUCUUUAUUAUUUGGACCAAAAAGAUAACAUUAACUGGAUGGCUUCAGAUUACAAACAAGUACAAUAAAAUAUUCAUAAUCAUCAUCUUCCAUGUGGUUUUCUGAAUUCCGAUUGUUUUAUUUUUCAGUUAUCGAUAGUUUUGACUUCUUCUCAUUAUGCUGCCCUCGAUAAUCUAGAAUUUGCUGCAUUUAUUUAUAUUCCUGGGCUCAGCACAAAUUAUAGGGUGUAAGAUACUGUUAAAUUAUUAUUACAACUAGAGAUGCAGUAUAGGCAUAGAUCUCUUUUGAUCCAGUUGGCCAAGAGGUUGAAAUUGUGCGUUCAGUUUAUGUAAUGCUUCAGAAACAAUUAGUUCAUAUAUCGUGUCCAGUUAGCAGGAUAACUCAAUUCCAGAUAUUCAACGAUCAAACGUAAGACUUAAAUUAUUGAGACGACAAACCGACAAAGACAUAACAUACGGACGGAAUGUCAAUAUGGCCUCUAAGGGUCUAUAAGCUAGUACUCUGUUAGUAUAGGAGUUUAUAAUAUUAUUUAAACAAAGAAGAGUCCAUAUUUAGACAAAAAUCAGUAAUACUUAAGUAGACUACAGGUCCUUCAGUGGCAAUUUGGAUACUUAAUUUUUAAAAAUAACGUACACUUUCAUUGUUCUUAUCUUUGGUACACUUAAUUCUCUCAGUACCUGAACCAUGAAGUUUCCUUUAUUAGAAAUUGGUGAAAGGUACAUUGUAAAAAGUAGUUUUGAAAAUAUAAAAUUUGAAUCUGAGUUUUUUCAUAAAUAUUAUGUAAUUUAAAUGUAUUUGCUGAUGUGUAGGAAUAAUGUUAAACAAAAUGGCUUAUUGAAGUAUAUAGAUAAUGCCUCAUAUAUUGGCUCAUUAGUAAUAUGCAUAACCAAACACUUCGGCAUUUAUAAAAUUAUAUAUAAAUCUGCUCGUUGUAGCUACUUGCUAGGUAAUUAAAAAUUUACUGUCUGUUGUAUAAAGAUGAUCAGAAUGCUUCAUCUGGUACUUAAAUUUAUUAAAAUAAUAAAUUUAAUCAAAUGUGUGAUUAAGAGGGAGACAGAAGAUAAGAGCAUUCACGCGAAUAACAAGGCCUGUAUGUAGUUUAAAACAUGUCAAAUAAUAUACCUGAAUAGAUAAUUUAACAUUUUUAAACUAUAUAAAUCAGUAUUCUUUUAUCUUUAUGCAAAGUUUCCAUUACAUCACAUUUUCAGCCCCUAAAAUGUAACCUCUAACGUCCGCAAGGUUUGGCCUUUGUCAUCACCAAAAGGACAUGUCUUACAUAAUCUCUAUUUAUAAUCUUUAACUUCGCCAUGCCUUGCGAAAGAUUAAUUCUACAUGAGAAUGCUGCGAAAUUUUUAAUUAUUUACUGUCAACUGAAACUGACAUGUUGUACGCUAUGAUGAACAUGUUAUAGUAGUGUGUCCGUUGUCUCUGUUACGGAAUAUGAGCGGCACAAAGGAUAAACAAAAACAAGGAAAUAUGUGCUUAUAGAAAAAAUAUGCUACCUGCAGUGAGCAAACUGCGCAUAAUUAUGUGAAGAGAACACAGAAUUUGAGAUUAUAAUAUUAGAGACGUAGUUAAAAUAAAAGUGAGUGAAUGAAACCUAAACUGGAAAUAUUUGAUGUGAAUGAGUACUACACGUUACAUGGAAGUAAUAGUUACACAUACAUCGUGAAAUACAACUAAAGUUUGACUGUACUUCCAUAUGGAACAUUAUUUCCGAGGUCACAUCAUACCCAUGACUGAAGCAAAACACAAAAUUAGAUUCUAGAGUGUUAAAUGAACUAAGCGGUAGCAAACCAUAAAAUGAUAUUAAAAUUUUAUCUUAUUUCUAAAAUAAAAUGUAUAAAAAGCUUUGUAAUAUAUAAAAUUAACUGUUACUGUAAUCAAAAUUUGUGUGUUUAAAACACACUGAAUUUUUCAACAGAUUCAAUUAGGAAUAUCGUAUAAUGUUUAUGUAAGAUUUAAACAUUUGAACAGCGUCAUAAUUCAACUAAUUCUUCGCUGGCUACUCGUUACUGUAAAUCUAUCGACAGCAGGAUGAACAGAAGGGCGGCACACAUGAAGAAACCUCUGUUACAGGGUUACAGUGUAAGGAGGACAUUGUAACCCCCAUAAAAAUAACUUUAUAACUGACAAUAUGAAGUGAAAAUUUAACCUGCGUCACGUAAUGGAUUUCCGUGGAAGCAAAUCAGAGUUUACAGUUGUUGGCACAGAAUCCAGUUCUCAGUCAAAGCACAUAUAACCAAUUCACUCCAGUUCCCUCUACUUAUAUGUGUUUCUGGAACUUUAAAUUAAGUACUUUUAUCUUCUGUAUUCCCUUAACUUUACAGACCUACCAAAAUGUAAAUUCCUUUUGCAAUAAAAGAGAAUCCAUUUACGAAUAACAUGUAGGAUAAAUUACAACUUAUAAUAUAGUAAGAACAUUAAUUGUUUCUCUACUGUACUUAUUAAUGUCACCGGUGAUCACUUUACUGUAUACUUAAGAUAAACUGCUUAAAUAUGAAGACUGUGUCUGUGUGUAUAAUCAAUUGCAAUAAUUGUACAACUACAGUGGUUGCUCACACACCUAAAGAAAAACAUGCAAAUUAAUUUGUUUUAGGUAUUAUAUAUGAUGGUAUUUUUCUUUUUAAGGUAUUGCUGAUGGUGUAUGAAAUAGAUUGAAGACUUAAUUUAAACAAGACAUUCAGUACAAGCGCACAAAGAACUAGCAACUUCUAAUGGUUACAUGAACAUGGAAAAUGCUCGGAAUUAAAUUUGUUUCUCUUCCCAUGGUGAUUUUUAUAAAUUCAGAUUCCAUGUACUGUAAAUACUAAUUGUACGAGUCUCUUUCAUGCAAUGGUUGAAAGAACUCUGGACACCUCAAUCACUAAAUAGUUUAUGCUCAUAAAUGAAAGGUUCUCUAAAUAUAUAUAAAAAAAAUGUGUUUUAAUAAAUAAUAUUUAUCUUCCCACUAAAAGUUUUAUAGAGCUCCAGAUUUAAAGGAUUUUCCAUUUUAAUUUCAAGUACAAACAUACAAUAUUAAAAUAAGGAACACAGUACUUCCAUUUCCAAAGAAGUUACAAAUUCUUGAACAUUAUGUUCAAAAUGAAGAAAUCAAAUUUAAUAAUCACUGUCAGUCAUAAUGUAUUAGUUUUAAAAUGUUUAUGGGGAAAUUUUUAUGUUCUGAAUUCUUUGAAACAUUGAAUCCGAAUCAAAGUUAACUUCUCUUUAAAUGUUAUAUGCUAGGUAUUUAACAAACCAAAUACGUGAAAAUACCGAGAACAAUGAGGCGCUUCACACCCAUUAACAACAUUUAGUUAGUCUUCUUUAUUUCAAGUCUUCAAUUAUAAACUAUAUAUUGUUGAAGGAUGUAUGACUAGUCAGAUCAUAUGAUAUAUGGAGUGUAUUGUUAUAGAGUUGAUAAAGAGUCUGUUAAGAUUUUCAGAUGUUUUUUGUGCUAAAUAGUAUUAUCAUAUGUUUGUUAAAAGUAUUAUUUCUCAUAUACAAUUUAUGUACUUCAUUAAUGUUGCACAGUAUUUUCUAUUGCCCAGCAACUGGUUAACUUUGGUCUCUUUACAAAUAAAUCUAAAGACUCUCUAUAAAUGAUAAAUCAUCAGAUCAUUUGAACAGUAUUUUUUUUUUCAAUUUCAUCAUAAUGUAGAUGCUGUUAGAUAUCUAAUGUUUACAGGUAUAGUCUACUUAUAACUUAUAAAUGCUAAAUGUAUUUUUUAAACAGUUUGGUAGACAGCUGAUAACUGAAUCACCAUUUCAAUUGAAAGUUUUAUGUGGACUCUUGAUUACAAGAAAGUGCCGGUCUAACUGAAAAGCAAUUACCUAUGUAAGUACCAAUAUCAAAGAUACUGGACAAGUACUGCAAGUGUAAUGUCCAAAUUUAAUUUUUUUUGUGGCGUUUUAGUAACAUGAUGACUUUCGGGUUGUCAGCUGCAAGUCUUAUUACUGCAAGCGUAAUUUUCGAUAACAUUGGGAAAAGGCCUGGUAAAGGCAGGAAAAAAAGAAUAGGGACCCCAUCUAAAAAUUGUUUCACUUUCCUUCUUUCAUCAGUAACUAAGCAAGUUCAUGAUACAUUUACAAUUUUCUUGCCUAUAGACUCUUGUCAGAAAAUACAACAGUCCUUAAUACAUGAUCCAACUGCAGAUAUGUUGAUUUUACAGUGAAUGUUCUCAGCCUGCACUUUUCCAUUUAUUUUAUUACAAUAAAGAAUCUAUAAUGGUGAAUAAAAUAUAAAUUUCAACUUCAUUAUGUGUAUUUAUGUAAAAUAAGUGAUGAUGUUUACAUUUUAUUAUAUUUUCAUGACAGCUGUUUUAAAUUCUACUAUAAUCAGUUUGGGCUUAUCAUGGGAUGCACUAGUACAACAUUUUGGAAAGCUAUUCAAUACACACAACCUAUUGGAAAUUGAUUUUUACACAAAAAGGGCAUUUCUUAUAAAAUCUGAAGAAUAUAUCACACGCGUCUGUCCCACAUCGUUCUUGUUUUAACUUUAUAAUCAUAUUCUCUGAGAAUGAGCAUUGGCCUGGUAAAGCAUGCUGCAGUAUUAUAUUACGUACCCACUGAAUGAAAUGUCCUAACUGAAUGUACAUAAAUGGCUUUACCAGAAGAAUACCAUCUGGUCUUUUCAGUAAUCUAUACCUGUGUCUGUGAUAAUUGGUAUGACCCAGAAUGUGAUAGAAAAAGUAAGAAGCUUAUUAUUGAUCAUAUUUACAUGCCAGAUAAUUAUCUGGUAGCAUAAGUACUUAUUUUGUAAACAGCUUGUUUUUUAUGAACUCCAGCCUACAUAAAAAUACAGCAACUAAUGUAUGCAAUUUUGUCCACUGAUCCUAACCUGACAAGGAGAAAACUUGGGAUGGCAGUGAAGAUGCUCCUUGCCUAUGAAUUAUUCCCAUUAUAUAUAAGAUGCUAUUUGUGUGUAGGUACAGAACUUCUGAAACAUCAGGUAUUUUUCCAAAUGUUUACAGAGGCAUGAGUGUAUAUAACAUUUAACAUCUGUCUGUGUAUUGAAACAAAUUUCUGCCCAGUUCCUGCAGUGCUGUGGUAUGAUUAAACUUAGCAUGUAAGGAGGGUUCAUUUCAUAGUGUUUUCUUUAAUCAUAUACAAUUUUGAAAUACACCUAUUAUCUUUUCAUGUAAAUUCACAAGAAUCUCUGUUAAAAUGUUAAUCUCAAAUGCAAUGAAUAAAAUAUUAAAAAACAA